CCGCACCUGCCAUCGCGCGCUUGCCGGCGGUGCGCGCGGCUCCGGACGCUCGAACCUGUGGUUCAAGGAAACGCGCUGCCACUGCUCACCGUCAAAGCGAAACGGCAGCCGCCUCGUCGCGCGAUCGUUGCGACAAGUUGGGAGGUUGGAACCAGGCAGCCCAAAACGCCAGCCGCCGCGCCUCGGGCAUCGCAAAAUGCUGGCCCCCACCAUCUUGCUCGCCCUCGCGGCAUUAACCGGAGCGAACGAGGCCCACGACUGGGUCAUCCGCGACCCCGCGACGAUCCGCUGCGCCGCGAAUGAGUUCCUCGACACGAUCGAGCUCGCUUGCAUGCCUUGUAGUGUCAUGGGCGACGACGUCACCGGCGUGCACCUCAUCGGAGACGCGCGCCACGUCGAUGCACACGGCAACGCGCUCAACUGCCGCUGCCCCGUGGGCUUCACGCAAACCACCGAAGAGUGCGCGGACGAGGCGGGCACGGACGGCACGUGCCGGUCGUUGCGGUGCGAGGCGUGCGCCGUCACGUCCCUGUCCGACUCGUCGAACUGCACGAAAGGUGUGACGUCUUGUGCUGCCAAUCAGAGACUCGUGGAGAGAGACGCGUCCGGAAAUGUAAUAAAAAACACGUGCGAGGCCUGCCCGGCCGGCCAAUUUAUCACCUUAUCAGAUACACACGUCUCGGGCCAGUUCUAUAGAGCGUCGCCCUACGAAUGCCAGACGUGCCCCGAUGGUGACAUGGCUUAUAGUCAAGCGGAGAAGGCCUGUACGUGCACUACUGGUGCUAGGGUUGGAGUCGCGGCCGUGGGUCCCCAAAGCUGUAUAGACGCUCUACAGCACGACGACACGAUUGCCGUCUACCCGGAAAGUGCCGCGUCGAAUAUAAGAUAUAGCAACGUCCAGGCGAAGCAUAAUGGAGAUGCUUCUGAUGUCGAUCAUGUGGAGAGCAUGCUCGUCCAGCACCACUUUGCUCGAGCCGCGACGAAGUGUCGAUACCACGACAACACCCCUGUCUCAGACGAGGCCUGCCAGGCGCUCGCGAACCUGUGUGUGCUCACGCAGUACGACCUUUCGUCAGUCGCUUGCGAAGCGUUCCACGACACCAUGCGGGACCGCGCGUCGAUCAACAACCUGGGCAUGCACAAGCAGAUGCCCUGGCUGGCGUACACGCGGGAUGGGGGCGUGCAAGUGAGAGAUGGUUUGACAUUAAGGAAGGACCCAUCUGUACAGAUGGCCCUGUCGUUUCGAGGACAAGAGACCGGGGAGCACAAGUUGAGGUGGAGGUUGGCUUCCUACGCCAUGAAUGGUACACUCGUCAGUUUUGAGGCUCUAUCGACGCAAUUUUUUUAUUGUGGCAUGGACGCGCCGCGGACGGGUUCCGGAGGUGGUUCCGCCUCAGAUACGUCCUGGCUGAGAUACGGCUACAGCGUGCGGCACAACUUCAAGUGCGACCUCAAGUUGUUGCAAUCAAAAGAUCCGGUCUUCUACGAAUUGUAUCUGGUCGAUAUGGCUAGAGACGGCUGUUCGACGUUUGACGGAGAAGAAAAGCAGGAGUGCCUCAUACCCGUCCCGGUCCUCAACAAAGCCUUGAGAAGCAGGGACGCGCAAUCCGUGAACAAAAAUGGCAGAACAGAAGACGGCGACGACGAUAUAUUCGUUCGUAGAUUUACCUUAUUCGAUUCGUUAUCUGGCAGAGACGCGAAGUACUAUGAAGAUGCUCAUAAGCCGAAGUUGCUGCGGUUUGCGGUGGAGAUCACUUUGAGGAUUGUCGCGAGUGGCCGAUACGCCUCCUCGAUCUACACACCUAUCUUAGAGUUAAAGUACAGAGAACGCACAAGAGAAGCAAUAGAGGAGGGCUACAAGAUGGCCCAGACGAAGGUUGAGUUCGAGGUCGAGUACUCUAUGAGCUCGUCCAGGUUCUGGCGCGUCGGCAAAGGCUUCAUUUACUUUUUUGUAGCGGUGGUUGGUUGUUGGUGGCUCUGGUCCGUGGGCCAGUACCAGCGACGGAACCACGCCGUCGAUUCGGCGAAUAUGCCGUCCGGUGGACUCACCUUAGGAUAUUUAUUCAACAUUUUAUUGCUACUAGGAAGGCUCUUCGUGCACGUCUUCUUCCCGCUGUGCUUCUGCCUCUGCUCUUAUUGGUUCGUCUUCUUCAAGAUGCAGUCGACGGCCUACGCAUUACUCCCGACGGAAAAUAGACACGAUGGUAAAGAUUUCGAGUACUGGGGUGCGGACGCGGCGUCCUUUAUCAAAACGUUUCCGAACUUCACAUCGUUCCCACACAGGCGUGCGUACACUCAUAAUAAGUCUGUGGGUCACGCAAACUUUAGUGGUCUUCCAGUUAGUCUACAAGCAGUGCACCAUGGAGGUGCUCUUCGUGGACUGGGAGCCCGCGCGCGCGCCGGACCCGCAGAGCCCGUUUCCUAUCAGUGCCUGGCGGUCGAUCUUCGUCGCCAACGAGUGGGCCGAGCUCCAGACGACUCGUAGAACGUCGGUCCACUUCAUCCUCUUCUGGCUCGGGUUCUUCCUGGUUGGUUUAGGAUUAGAACACAAUGCCACUGCGAGACCUAGAAUAGAUCGCAACGAUUUCACGCCGGGCCACCACAACAUCGCUCUUAGAUUUGUCAAUACGACGUUUUUUUGGCUCGCGUUAGCUUUUAUACAGUGGCUCUGGAACUACCUCAUCUACCAGCGCUUUGUGUCGGAGCCGGAGGCUCAAUCCUUCAUAGAUGUAUGUACCGUAGCCAAGGUAUCAGUCUUGGUACUAGACGCGGAGUACCACGGCUGGUACGUCCAUGGGGAUGCGGCCUACGAGCACGCCGACGACACGAUGGCGCAACUCAGUAAUCACUUAUUGGAGGAUCCCGGUGGACAAGCGCGACUCGUGCCGGACAUGCCCGAGGCCCACGUCUUCCAGCUCUGGCUGUCGCCGGCUUUUAGGAGGGCCUGGCGGAACGUCCAGGAUAGGGUGAUGGACAAAACUUUAGAAUUACCUGACCCGGAGGCCGACGUAGCCGCGAGGGAAGCUACUCGUAGGAUCGCUUCCCGCGACUCUCGUAGAAGAGGGCCUGCUACGGAGGCUGAUGAGCGUCGAAGACAAAGAGCUGAGGCGUUACAUGCGGCGAAGGUAUCCCGGGAGAACGCGGCGCCUCCGCCGCUCGGGCAAGCGAGAUUGGGAAGGCGGAACGUGUUGUUCGGUGGAACUGAUUUACAGGAGAAGGCUCGGCGGAUCCAGGGCGCCUCUCGCGUGGGAGCCUUCGUGAGAACGUUCUUCCAGCACGGCUUCGCGGAGUCCCAUGGUCUCGAUUGGCAGGCAGCUAGACCGGACACCUUCGACCGCAUCAUGGGCAAGGGGCCGCCCCCGACGGCGGACGGAAGCGUCAUCUUGCAACCGGACAAGGGCUGGUUUUUUGGGGAAGGAGAUUUGCAAUUCACGCAAUGUUUAUUUCUGGGCCACGACUGGGAGCUGCUGGUCCAAGAAAUAUUGACGUUUGCGGUCGCGGACAUCUGGUUCCGGAACACGACGCUGUCGAUAUUCUUGGUGUUCCUGCUGCACCACUUCAUUAGAUUGGUCUGCGAGGCGUACUCGGCGCGGAACAUCGCGGAGUCGUCCAUGGUCGACGAGCGGUUCCUCAUCUAGUCCUAGGGGUCUCCUUGGGUAAGACUUGGAAAACAAUUAA